CCUCCAUUCAGGACUCGCGCUAGUAUUAUCAGCAUCCGUCCAUCUCGACAACGCGCUCCACAUCCGCUCAAGUAAAACGGGGAGGCCAUCGCGUCCAUUUCGUUGUUCACUGGUGAUUCAUUUCCACCACCAACAGUCUCAACGCGAAACACCAUUGGCAUUCCGAGAUGCCUCGCAAUAAUGGAAUUGAGUUCAGUCUUGUUUGUUUGUCGAACCUGGGCACUCUCCCAGAGUUCCCUCAUCCAGACAACACGCAGUUCACCAACAGAUUUCAGCACAAUGAUCGAGGAGACGCUCAGGGGCAAACCUCUGAUGCUGAGUCAGAUACAGCUACAGACGCGGGCUCAUAUGGAGCUUUCGAAAGGGAGUUGAUAAGUCCAAGCCAUGCCGUCAAGGUUCAGAGCAAGGCCGAACGAGUCUUGGGAAAGGAAGCAGCAGCCGUGGUUCACGUGGGAAAGCCCACCCCCAAGAUCGAGAGCAAAGCGGAUCGAGUAUUGGGACGACAAACCGCUGUUUCGGUUUACGUGCCGGCCGUCCCAGGUAUGUAACGAGUUUAUUUCGGACAAUAGCUACUGACCUUGAGCAGACACACGAUGGUGGCUGAAAUAUCGAAUCCACAAGGAGGCCGAGCAUCAACUGUUCUUCUUCAAGUUCUUUAUAAACGGCAGAGAGAUCGUGUCAUGGGGUCAUGAUGCAGCCAAGAAUCCAUUUGGCCAGGUCUCGAGAGCAUUCUUUGACCCUAGCGAUGAGUUUGUCUAUGAAGAUGAAGAUGGAACGAUCUAUAAGGAAUGUGGUCUGGAGCUCCGAGCAUUCUAUUUUGUCGAUCCCAGAGGUGGUUCGGCGGCUGCAGAUGGAGGUCUGAUAGAGGUUCGAGCUUACCGUGCCAAAGGGAAAUUUCGAUGCAUGCAAGACCCACCCACUUAUAAGAGUCAAAGGGAUUAUGGAAUAUUGUACGUACUCCUUGGUAUCUUAUUCAGAGGUUGUUUUCUACUCUAACACAAGCUGACCCUUUGAUAUCAAGAUUACGUAGUGGCGGUCUCAUGGAUGAUGCUAGCGAUGCACGAUUCUAUAAAUGGUUGCUGAAAGAUCCCAUUGACAAGCCAUAUGCUACAUUCAAAUUCCACUAUCGUAGCUGGGCAACUCUUCUACUGUUGCAAAUUGUCCCCGAAAAUGCACCUCAUAUCUUGAUACCUCCGUCAAAGAGUACCCUGGAUUUAUAUGGUCACUCUUUGGCGACUCAGUAUCUACUCGACGAGAAGCACUUCAAAGCAUAUGAAAGAGAGGAGCAUAAGAGAAGGGAGAGAGAAUUCGCCAGAAAACUUGCUCGAGCAAGUCUUAAAUCUCGCCUGCGAAUGUCCCGAGUUUACCUUCCACGAAUCUCCAAAAAAGUCGAAAAUUCUGACGAGGAAGAGGGUUGGGAAAAUUGUGAGGAUGGUGGAGAGGGAGAGGGUGUUAUGGCCACGAGUGGUUACGAUUCUGACGGUACCUCACUCAAUAGUCCCAGAACUGUCGUACCUGCCGAUUACAGAACGGUAAAUGAAGACGAUUUGAGAGCCCCAACAAUUGCAGAGCGUCCCGGCACCCCAUUUGAAAGUAUGGAGGAUGACGACAAAAUUCCCAAUGUUCCAGAUCUGGAAACAAUAUCUCAUCGCCACCAUCAGAUCAGAAUGCUCAGACAUUCCGAAUCCAGAGCAUUCUCAAAUGAGUAUGAUGUUACCGAUGAGGUUGCUCCUAAGAAGUAUAGGUAUGCGGCGAUAUCAACAAACGAUAAAACUCCUGUACUUCUGAGCUCCCCAAUAAAGCUUAGAUCAUUUAGGCCAUCGUAUCCUCGCCACUUUGAUUCAGUCGAUGGGGCUACAAAGGCGUUUCGGUCACCAAUGGAAGUAUAUCAAGAAUCAAAAGCUGCUGCGUGGUCUGAAAAGGCCCAAAAUGUUUCGCCCGAUGAUACAGGUGGUAGCAUAAGCUCAGCGCUUAAUCAGCGCCCACUGCCUAGCCUCCCGGUUCGCGAUUCUUCUCUCCAAAACAAGCCCUUUGUCUCUCAGCAUCCACUCACAAGAUUCAAUUCAACAGGCCAUAAAUACACAGGCUCUUCAGAAUUUACAGAAUCUCUGUCAGAUGGCGAGGGAGCAGAACACAUCUCAAGUUUCGUUCAUCAGCGUAAGCGAUCUGGAUCUUUGAUUGUUACCUCGACCCAACCACGCCAACCAAAGACGCUGCAAAACGUAUGCAAGCACAAGAGAGGCAGUGACAACUUGGCGCAGGCAUAUGCAGUUCGUGGACCCGGAAGCUCACCAGUCGAGGACCAUGGGUUCCACUUCUUCGAUGUGCCAUCUGAAUACCAACCACGUGCGGAGGAUUUACCACCAUGGCAAACUGGAUACUCGGAUUCAGAUAGCGACAUGUCCGAUGUUGAACGUCCAUGCUCGUCUCUCAGAGAGCAGGCUGUUUCGCAUACCCCAAGGACCUAUACACCAACUGAAAUUCCCCUCUCAAAAUUUAAUGAACAAGAAAAGAGCAAGGCUAAAUCUGAGCCGACGAGAAUCUCUUCCAAUCAAGACCGGCCUUCUCUGGCUCCUGAUGCUAAUCCCGCUAGAACAUCCACCUCCACUGGAAGAAAAACCCCGACCACACCUGCUAAAAGUCCCAAAUCCCUACGUGGCUUUCGACAAUCAUUGAAGAAUAUCUUAGGUAGUAAGAAAGCUGGAUCAGGCCCGAACAGUUCUACUAACUCGCCUAAGGGCCCAGAGACGAAGGAAGUCCCUGGAUUCUUAUGAGCCAACUUGGAAAGUGUUCGGGGUAUGCCGUUGCAAGACUUUGUAGGGUAUUGCUCGUUUCUUUUGUGCGCCGCGUUGUCAUUUAUAACUGGUGAUUUGCUUCAAGUAUUGAUUGGUCUUCUAUGAGCUUUGGUUGCAUCUUCGCUUGUGGAAUUGAUUGAAAAUGGUAAUUAUCUCUGGAAGAUUAGAAAGAUAUCGAAAUGAGAUUGUUUGAG